GCGAGAUUGCGAGGUCUCUCGAGUGCGAGGUAGAGGCCGUUCCUUCGUCUGGUCUGCCUGUUCUCUUCUCCGGUGUUCUCCGUCUCCCUGUCAGAGAUAGAAGAUGGCAGAUGGUGAGGACAUUCAGCCCCUCGUGUGCGACAAUGGAACUGGAAUGGUCAAGGCUGGUUUUGCUGGAGAUGAUGCCCCGAGAGCUGUCUUCCCUAGCAUCGUGGGUCGACCACGCCACACCGGCGUGAUGGUAGGCAUGGGGCAGAAGGACGCGUACGUGGGAGACGAAGCUCAAUCCAAGCGAGGCAUUCUGACGCUCAAGUACCCGAUCGAGCACGGCAUCGUGAGCAACUGGGACGACAUGGAGAAGAUUUGGCACCACACCUUCUACAACGAGCUCCGCGUCGCCCCCGAAGAACACCCCAUUCUGCUCACCGAGGCGCCUCUCAACCCCAAGGCGAAUCGUGAGAAGAUGACUCAGAUCAUGUUCGAGACCUUCAACGCUCCCGCGAUGUAUGUCGCCAUCCAGGCUGUCCUCUCUCUUUAUGCUAGUGGUCGAACGACAGGCAUUGUGCUCGACUCCGGCGACGGUGUCAGCCACACGGUUCCUAUCUACGAAGGCUACGCACUCCCGCACGCGAUUCUUCGCCUCGACCUGGCGGGCCGCGACCUCACCGACGCUCUCAUGAAGAUCCUGACGGAGCGCGGCUACUCCUUCACCACCACGGCGGAGCGUGAAAUCGUCCGUGACAUCAAGGAGAAGCUGGCCUACAUCGCUCUCGACUACGAGCAGGAGCUGGAGAUGGCGAAGACCAGCUCGUCGGUGGAGAAGAACUACGAGCUGCCGGAUGGGCAGGUGAUCACCAUCGGCGCCGAGCGGUUCCGCUGCCCGGAAGUCCUCUUCCAGCCGUCCAUGAUCGGGAUGGAAGCUGCAGGCAUACACGAGACCACCUACAACUCCAUCAUGAAGUGCGAUGUGGACAUCAGGAAGGAUUUGUAUGGCAACAUCGUGCUGAGCGGAGGAUCCACCAUGUUCCCAGGCAUUGCUGACAGGAUGAGCAAGGAGAUCACGGCGCUGGCGCCAAGCAGCAUGAAGAUCAAGGUGGUUGCUCCCCCUGAGAGGAAGUACAGUGUUUGGAUUGGAGGCUCCAUUUUGGCAUCCCUCAGCACCUUCCAACAGAUGUGGAUUGCAAAAGCAGAGUACGACGAGUCUGGUCCAUCGAUCGUGCACAGGAAAUGCUUCUAAGAUCACCAACACUGGGAAUGGUAGAAGAAUAAGGUGAGAUCAUCAACACGACUGGCUUGAGAGAGUAGGCUCAGUUAUCUCCAAAUGGAUUUCACCUGAAUGGUGGUAUGGACACUGAUGAGGGCUGCUGUUCUUCCUCAACCAAGUAUUGCUUCGGUGUUUUGUGCUUUGUUCCUCUUAAUUCUUACUUCAAUUCUGUACUUGAUGGAAGGUCGAGAAUUCCGAACCAGAUGUGAUUUUUGAGUAUCUUGUUACCUUGCUAUUUAUGCUCAAUAAGUGUAUUUUGCCGUCAGAAAUAUA